AUGGACUCCACGGAAGAAGCAACACAAUUCGAAAUCCCCACGCACUGCAAAGCGGGUGUUGUCGUGAAUGAGGGCCCUGGCUUUCAUGUCGAAGUGCAAGACGUGCCGGUUCCUGAACCUGGACCCGACGAUAUCUUGGUCCGAUUGAACUUCACCGGCCUUUGCUAUACCGACAUUCAUACUGCGAAGGGCUUCCCUCCAGAAGACUCGCACUCCCCCGCACGAUAUGCAUCGCCAAUUCCAGACGGUGUUCCCGACGAGAUCGCCGCACCCAUUAUGUGUAGUGCGAGCACGAUUUAUCGAUCAAUGAUAGAGUCCAAUCGCAAAGCUGGCGCGUGGGUCGUCUUCUCCGGAGGCGGAGGUGGAGUCGGCAUUCAAGGCGUUCAGCUCGCGAAAGCCAUGGGGAUGCAUCCGAUCGUCGUUGACACGGGGUCAGAGAAGCGUGAACUCUGCACAAAGAUUGGCGCUGAGGCCUUUGUGGAUUUCAAAAAAGAGCAAGAUCCAUCUACAGCAGUCAUCAAGAUUGCGGAUGGCAUUGCGGCCCACGGAGUCUUUGUCACGGCCCCGGCCGCCUACAAGACGGCGAUCUCCUUUGUGGGCGAGCGUAUCGGUGCCAUUGUGAUGUGCGUGGGACUGCCUCCAGCGGGAACGACAGUGCUGGGUACUGAUCGUUGCCAGUUCGUUUCCCAAAAUCUUAGCAUCAAGGGUACAUUGGUGGGUAGUCGCAAGGAUACUGCGAUGGCUUUGGAUUUCGCUCGGCGGGGGAUGCUUCAUCAGAUUAGCGAAGCCUUGCCGUUAAACAAAUUCCCUGGGGCAGUGGAGAAGCUUCGUGAAGGCCAGGUGGCGGGUUGUAUCGUUAUUGGUUUCAAUCGCGAAGAAUAA